CCUGUCCUUUCUUCUUUGUAUAGAAAGAUAGUUGGAAAAACUCACUCUUUCACAAAGAUCUUUAUCAAUACUGCAGUUAGAGAGGAUCUCUCCUGGUUUUCAUCUAUUCUGCCAGAUUCUGUAGGUGUUCAUUUUGUUGACUCAGCUCUCUGA